AUGCUCAUAACAACCAGCACUGGGAAGCGUCGCAUGCUGAGCGCUGAUGCUUCGCUGCCAGAGUACUUUGCGUUCGGCUCGACAGCUCACCUGCUGCUCCCAUUGGACACUUGGAUGUCUAGCGUCGACGGUAGCGGCUACGCUGAUCUGCAGCGAGCGAGUCUGCGUCGGGGACAUGUAGCGAAAGGAUCUUGGUCCGCAAACUUCGACCCGCGCGGCGCACUGGGCGGACUCGUUGGUAUACCACUGGACGUCCCACGCAGGAUGGAUAGUAUAGACCGGGCAAGAGCGUCGUGGCCUCCCCCGAGUCGGGUGACAGCAUCUAUGAAGGAUCUGUCUACUAUCAUCUGGCCCAGCCAUGGAGUUGCUCUUUUGGACGAUCACGCUGGCAAGAAGCUACUCGCAAGAUUGAGCUCGCGUCACGGGCACUUCUACAAACAGCCUCAGGCUCAGAUAGAGGCACCAAGACUAAGCUCUCAGGUUCCCACUCGACGCUCCUUUAUGAUCGAGAUUCUGUCUUAUCUCUCCCCACGCUCUUUUCCUUCGUUCCUUCCUCGUCUCUGA